AUGACAGCCAGUGCCACGAGUGCGGAUAUACCUGUAACUCGGUUGCCGCCUUACUUCCCUACCAGUCUUAAGGAAUGCACAGCAUCGACAGACCUCUUUUUCUCCUGCUUUGAGCAGAAUGCUCUAAUGAAAACCCCAACCGACACAACAAGUGCCAAACGGGCACUGCUGCAAUGCCAGUCGGAGCUGCGCGCAUACAUGACAUGCAUGGAAAAACACCUUGGCGACGGCAAAAGAUCGUGGUGGAAGUUCUGGUAG